AGGCAGUCUGCCCACGUAUGGCGUUUUCCUGGCAUCGCCUGUGGUGAUUUGAUUCAUCAACGACUUCCUUUUGUAUAACUCUUCAGCGUCUAUGAAUGUCCUCAGUUAUUUAAACUCUUCUGUUUUCUUUCCCACAGGAAUUAUUUUAGACUUGAAGUUUGAUUUUUCCUGAGACUGAUCAGAAGUUACUGAUAGCUUACUUGGAUCUGAUUUCUUUUCAGAACCCAUUUUGCAGCACUUGAGUUUUUAUAGAAUGCUGUAAACAAUUGUCAAAGUUGUUUUUCAAAACACCAAAAAGAGUUGCAACUUCUUCCUAGUAACAGAAACUUUGACAGUGCAUUCAAUGCCUAACAUUGCCGAAACAGAAAGGUCAAAUGAUUCUGGAAAUGGCGAGCACAAAUCUGAGAGGACGUCUCCUGAAGAAAGUCUACAAGGUGCUGUAACAUCUUUCUGCUCAAGUGCCUCAGGAGCACCCUUGGGUCCCAAAGGAGAUGGUCAUUAUCCGUGGAGUUGUCCGGUGACUCACACUCGGGAAAAAAUUUAUGCCAUCUGUUCAGACUAUGCCUUUCUCAACCAGGCAACCUCAAUCUAUAAAACUCCAAAUGCGUCCCGCUCCUCUUGCCUCCCUGCUAGUACCUCUUUGUCUGCUGGAAAUAAUUCAUCAAGGUACAUUGGUAUCCCAACCAGUACAUCAGAAAUCAUCUAUAAUGAAGAAAAUAGCUUGGAAAACUUAUCCACCAGCCUCGGCAAGCUACCUCUUGCGUGGGAAAUUGAUAAAUCGGAAUUUGAUGGGGUGACCACAAAUUUGAAACAUAAAUCAGGCAAUGCAAAGAAACAGAUUUCCAAGAAAAAAGCUUCAGAUAAAAAAGGAAGAUGUCAGAGGGAGUGUCUUCAGCAUUCUCCUCUUGAAGAUAUUAAGCAGAGGAAAGUAUUAGACCUCAGGCGAUGGUACUGCAUAAGCCGGCCACAGUAUAAGACUUCCUGUGGUAUCUCCUCCUUAAUUUCAUGUUGGAAUUUCUUAUAUAGCACAAUGGGAGCUGGAAACCUUCCACCUAUUACUCAAGAAGAAGCUUUACAUAUUUUGGGCUUUCAACCUCCAUUUGAAGAUAUUAGGUUUGGUCCUUUCACUGGAAAUACGACACUUAUGAGAUGGUUUAGACAAAUUAAUGAUCACUUCCACGUGAAAGGAUGCUCUUAUGUUCUGUAUAAGCCUCAUGGGAAGAACAAAACAGCUGGAGAAACUGCUUCAGGCGCCUUGUCAAAGUUAACACGUGGAUUGAAAGAUGAAUCACUGGCUUACAUCUAUCAUUGCCAAAAUCAUUAUUUCUGUCCAAUUGGCUUUGAAGCAACUCCUGUUAAAGCUAAUAAAGCAUUCAGCAGGGGUCCUCUCUCACCACAGGAAGUCGAAUAUUGGAUCUUAAUUGGAGAAUCAAGUCGAAAACACCCAACCAUUCACUGUAAAAAGUGGGCAGAUAUUGUUACUGACCUAAACACUCAAAAUCCAGAAUACCUAGAUAUCCGACACUUAGAGAGGGGGCUGCAGUAUCGGAAAACAAAGAAGGUUGGGGGAAAUUUGCAUUGCAUCAUAGCAUUCCAGAGACUUAACUGGCAAAGAUUUGACCUUUGGAACUUUCCAUUUGGAACCAUUAGACAAGAAUCACAACCUCCACAUGCCCAGGGAAUUGCCAAAUCAGAGAGUGAAGAUAAUAUUUCUAAGAAGCAUCAUGGGCGUCUGGGCCGGUCUUUUAGUGCUAGUUUCCAUCAGGACUCAGCAUGGAAAAGAAUGUCUAGUAUUCAUGAGAGAAGGAACAGUGGCUACCAGGGUUACAGUGAUUAUGAUGGGAAUGAUUGACUGUGCUGGCUACUGAAAAACUGGUAUUAUGCAUUCAACUGUUGUAUACAGGACUACAUUAAGACUGUAGAAGAUUUUAGUAAGUCUUUGUUAAAUAGGAACUGAUCUUGUGGUACAAAACAUAAAUUUGUCAGUGAAUAAGCUGUAUAUGAUUAUGAUGGGUGGUUUCAGAAAUAUAAGCAAAUAAGCACAGACUAUUGUCUUUUUAAAGUUAAGAGUAUAUAAAUAAUUUGGACAGAAAGUUUCACCAAAUUCAAUAAAAGUACAGCACUAUCUAAAUAAGUCAAACACAAAUCCACUUAACAGCAUCAAUAUUUGAAAUACUUAAGCAUGAAGUGAUUUCUUAUGACUUGAUUCCUAGACAUUUGCUUAGAUAGUUUUAUUCCUAACCUCAAGAUGUAAGGCACCAUCUACCCUUAAAAAAAUUAGGGCUGCCAAUCUCUAGUUUUUACUCAUGGUCAAAGCUCAUUUAAAAUUAUUUCAUGAGCCUAAUAAUUAUUUUACUUAUAGCAGUACUGGCCUGCCUCCUUAUUUCCUGGUUAACUGUCUCAGGAUUCUCACUACAGGGGCAGGAGACUCAAGAAACUCAUCCUUUCUAUUGGUGCAAAUUGAGUGACUUCAUGCAUUGAUAGAGGUAUUUCUUACUUUUUGACUUGGUAUGACUGCUAUAAGUCUAGCAUAAACUUUGUUUUAGGGCAGAGUAAAAUAAUAAAAAGUAGCAUCUGAAGUUUCUAUACCCAAGGUUUUCUGUGAAAUGAGAUCUCCUGAUGUUUGAUUGGUUCCUCAAUAUGGAAUUGUAUGUUGAUAACAGCACUGAAGAUGCGUUAGGAGUGUCAGUGUCACUUAGAGGGUGACUAUCCAUAUUGCACACUCUGAGCUGUUUCCCUUUCUAAACUGUAGAGACAGUAAGAUGUUUGACGUUGAGUGUUAAAUAUGUCAGAAGUGUACAUUUCAUAUAUUGGAGCUCCUCUCUAGCUGCUGUCAGUUUUUCUUCUGCUGCCGACCUGUGACCUACAAACAACUAGGAUUUCUUGUUCUUUUAUUUCAGGGGCUUGUUUCAGGACUCAAAUCAGUAACUUGGAGAUUACAAGGUGCUGAAUAUGUUGGUAACCAUAUCGCAAUACACCUCAAGGAGAGGGUUCAGAUUUUUAUUUUUAAAAUAUUUCCAUUAUUUUCUCUUGAAUUUUAUAUCCAUUUAUCCACUCAUACAUGCCUAGCCUACAGAAGGGAAUAUAUAUUAUGAAAUGGUCAUUUUUCUGAAGAGAAUAUUUUGCUGGGAAUGCAAAGGACUGAAAGAGAUUUGUAGGUUGAUUUUGUUACUUCACACUGGAACUUUUAAAGUUUUCAUCAAAUAAAGUUUUGUUUUCUACUUUUA